AUGGCGUCAGAACCGGCAACAUCUGCUGCGACCGGCAGCAAGGCCGACAAGCCUGUAGCCAUCGUCUGCGUCGGCAUGGCAGGCUCCGGAAAGACUACCUUUAUGCAGCGUAUAAAUGCCCAUCUACAUGGCAAGAAGGACCCUCCGUAUGUCAUCAACCUCGACCCGGCCGUGCUCAACGUCCCGUUCGACAGCAACAUCGACAUCCGCGACUCGGUCAACUACAAGGAGGUCAUGAAGCAGUACAACCUGGGACCCAACGGCGGCAUCCUCACAUCUCUGAACCUGUUCGCGACAAAGGUUGACCAGAUAUUGAACCUGUUGGAGAAGCGCACAGCCCGAGACACGCCAGAGAAUGCCGGGCGCAAGCCCAUCGAGCACAUCCUGGUGGACACUCCCGGCCAGAUCGAGGCCUUUGUGUGGUCAGCUAGCGGCACGAUCCUACUGGAAUCGCUGGCUUCGUCCUUUCCGACCGUGAUCGCAUACGUGGUCGACACGCCGCGCACCCGCUCGACCAGCACAUUCAUGAGCAACAUGCUCUACGCCUGCAGCAUCCUGUACAAGACCAAGCUCCCCAUGAUCCUCGUCUUCAACAAGACAGACGUGCAGGACGCGUCCUUUGCCAAGGAGUGGAUGACCGACUUUGACGCCUUCCAGGCCGCGCUGCGCGAGGAUGAGGAACGCAACGCUUUCGGGUCCGCCGAGGGCGAGUCCGGCUCCGGUGGCAGCGGCUACAUGAGCAGCCUUCUCAACAGUAUGAGCAUGAUGCUCGACGAGUUCUAUGCGCACCUGAACGUCGUGGGCGUCAGCUCCAUGACGGGCCAUGGUGUCGACGAUUUCUUCACAGCCGUCGCCGAAAAGGCCGAAGAGUUUCGCCGCGACUACCAGCCCGAGCUGGAGCGGAGGCGGGAGGAGCGCGAAGAGGCGAAGAAGCUCAUUCGGGAACAGGAGCUCGACAAGAUGAUGAAGGGCAUGUCAUUUGCCGGUGACAAGGGCGGGCCUGGUGCUUCCGGCAGCAAGGACUCCGAGGAGGAUGAGAACCCGGACAUCGCUGCUUUGGGAAGGAGGGUUGACGCUAUAGACUCGGACGACUCGGUUGCUGACGAUGAUGAGAUGGACGAUGAGGGAUUGAAGGCAAGAUAUGAUGCGGCGCUGAACGAUGCGAACGCGUCGAUGAGCCAGGACGCCAGUUUUGCCAACUACCUGCGGUCUCAGGCGAACCAGCAGUAA